GUGAUAUCCAAGUGUCGCGUGCCGGCCGCACUGCGGCCGUGCCUUUUUGUCUUCUCGAACGGUCCACACACGCUCUCGAAUCGGACAGACGCAUUAUUACUUUACCAUUGUGCAAUUGUCACUAUUCUUACAGAGGGAUCGUUCUUUGAGAUUCUCAGGUUUCGUUUUCAACACGGGAGGAGGUUGUAACUAAUGGAGGAUGACGACGUUAAAUGGAAAGCAAGGAUCUGGAGCCUUUGAAUAGGAAUACGGCCGAUAUUUCAACAAAGCGCCGCAUAGCAGGCCGAUCGUCAUUGCGCAUCAUGUUCGGGACGAAACUGCGCACAUGGAUGGAGGCACAUAUCGUGCGUUCGAAGAAGAAAAAGGAUCGAAAAAAAGGGGAGAAAGGAUUUGAUUCUAAUUGCAAUUCCCCUCGUAAUCAUGGAUCACACAGAUCAUCCACGUUACACCAAGUUCACCCGAUAGACUCUUCGAAAAAUGUGGAUGGAAUUCGAUUGCACGGUGAAGGUAGUCGAUGCGGCACUGUGACUGCAUCCUCGGGUACAUCAGCAGGUACCGGCAGCGUGAAUCUCUCUUCCCCGGAAAGUGCCUAUAGUACUGGAUACUCAACGGACGGUACCUCGCCCGGAACCAGCUAUCCACCGGAAUAUUACAUCAAUAUCAGGACCGGUACCCAUUACUUUCAAAGUAAUGCCAACGCCAAUACAGGUACGGGGACUGGCAGCUACAAUAAUGGUAAUAACAAUAGCAACAACAACAACAACAACAACAACAAUAACAACGCCAGACCAAAGAAAUCGAUCGAUUCGUCGGAUUUGCCGGUGACCGCUGUACUCUCUGGACGUAGACAUGGAAGGUACGACGGCAAUAUCGAACCUUCUGCUUCUACCUCUUCCACGAUCUUCGCAUCUGGAAUGAUGAGAAUGGAUAACGAAGUGACAAAAGAUUUUCGAACUAAUACUCCGAGCAAGAUCAGUGAUCGCUUUCUGGAUGAGGAUAGAUCAUUGCAACAGAGAGCGUUACUACGAGAGAAAUAUCAUCGACGAACCGAAUCAAUCUCCGCGGAAUCUUCGAGAAGCAAUUUAAUUGUCCCACCUUCUUCUAUACCACCGCCUUUAUUAUCACCAACUAUUCAAUCGCCUCGUGAACGGUCGCGGAUCCGUACCAAUCCGUGGCUCUCGGCCAAUUCCUCCGGCUCGAGUACAACUGGUUUCAAAUCGAGAUUGAAUCUUGACGACACUAGCAGUGGCUCGGGAUUAAAGCUGACCGAAUCAUCCGGAAGCGCAAGCGACGUGAACACGAGCAGCGUACGAGUGGGGCGUGCAAGAAGAGAGUUCAAGCAAGAGAGUCUUAGCGCUGGAAGGAGUCCGAUAAACCAAAAUUGGAGAAUAGCGUCUGGCAUGGAAAUUCGGCCAAAGAUAGCAUUAUCCGUGCAACGACGUAACAGCGCCAGCAGCAGCAGCAGCGCCAGCACCAGCAAUAGCACUAGCAGCAACGUGAGCAGUGGUAGCAACGGAAUCGGUAGCAGCAGCAACGAUAACGAGGACGAGAACAGGAACGAAAAUGAAAACGAUAAUGGGAACGAAAAUGAGAAUGGCUCGUCCGCGUCGUCGGUUACGCGAAGUGCAAGAUCAUCAGAAGAUGACAUUACUUUGAACGAGAUGAUGGGCAAGUUCGAUGAAAGUUACGUGUACGAAAAGGAGACCGAUAUUUUGUCCGACAGCGAUCCAACCGAUUGCGAGGACUAUAUCGAAUCUUUGUCGGACUUGGAUGCGACUAGAGAUGCCGGCGAUGAAAACGAUCCCCUUGACAACGACGAUUUUGAUUACAUCGACAACGGCUCGUUCCUCGAUCUCGACAAUCUUGAUUGUACCGGACGCUUCACCAACACUGGACAUUGUACUUAUUUCGCGUUCGCCGGCGAACUUGCCCGGCGAAGCAGCAGACUGCGAGAGUCAUUGAUGAAGCGUAGAAGUAGGGACGACGCGACGAUGCUUCAAAGAACGAUCAGCGCGAAGAAUACCACAAAAAAGCAGUUAGCACGUCACAAAAAACAAAUAGAUGAGAAGCAAUUAACCGAGAAACGAAAGAAGAGAUCCUUACAGCGUCGACAAACAAACAAUUUUGACAAACGCGAUCCGAAUGCAGCUGUAGUCGGAAUGGCCACUUGCAACGACAACAACGAGGACGACGACGAUAACGAUGAUGAAGAUGGAACAGCAAAUUUAAAUCGCGUAUUGGUAGAGAGAAUGUUGCUUAAAAAUUCGGGUUUCAAUCAGGGUAGUAGAAGCGUUGGAGGCACACCAAUUUGUUUACGUCGAAAGAAACACGAUGUAAACAAGAAUUUGUCACCACUGCGAUUAAACGAUAAACAAUCACCUGCCGUUGGGAUAAUAACCAAUGACCCCGAUGCCGUUAAAAGACGAUCGAAUUCGGUAAGCUAUGUGAAUGGAAAUCUUGUUAGACGACAGAUAAGUAAUACCGACAACACGUAUAUGACCACAUUCGCCUCUGAAAUCGCCUUGAUCGAGGCCGAUAAGGAAGCGGACAAAAAAUAUCGGGAACUGAUUCUCGAGGCGGAAAAUAUUUUGGUCAAUAUGCAAAAGAAUCAAAACAGCUUACCUAUUGUGCCAUCACCUUCUCGAAAGUUUCACAAUGGACUGGCCAAUAAGCGUGUCGAACUCAUCAAGAGCACAGAGUUGAACAUAGAGCUUGCUCUUUCUAAAAGCAGGAAUUCUCAACCAGAAUUGCAGAGUGGUAGCAUCAAAGAUCUCGAACAUACGAGUCCUAAGAGGCAACAAUUUGUUCACACUUGUUCUCCGAUUCGUCGAUUUGCCGAACGUAACGUCUCCUUGCCAACCGCUGGUGCAGCCACGUUUCAAUCGAGCUCGAACAAAUGCUCCAUUGACUCUCCGCUCGUUUCGAAAAGAGUGGUGAAUCAACAACAAUCGUUGGAUAGAAGCCUGCUCCGUUCCUCUCGACCAAAAAUCUACGAGAAUCAAGAUUCUAAUGACAACGACGGACGACAGAGCGCGGAAACGACGAUGAGCACAGUGACAAUGUUCAAUUGCAACGGUAUCCUUGGAUCGGACGUAGAUCGAUGCGCGACACGACCUCAAAUUUCCUACCUCGUUAAUAGGCCAUGCGCCAUUUUACCGCACAGAGAUUCUUUUUCUGCAGUGAAUCGGAAGGAAUUUCGCAGCUCGAGAUCAUCCAACGCAGGCAAGGAAGAUGGAGUAACAUCGAGUUCUUCUGAUUCUGAGGAAAGAUGUGAUAUCAGGAGACGGGCACCUCUAAUGACUUUCAGGUCGGUCGAUAUGGGUCCCAUAAAAGAAGGAUCUUCCUAUUGCCCGCAAAGUGAACCGGUAAAAAGAAAAGUGUACGCAGGUAGUGCAUCUUAUGGCAGGAUACAGAAAACUUUGGGUGAGCAGAUCGUCUUGAGAAACUCGGAUGGAGAUACCGCCACCGAUGAUACAGAUGAUUCAAGAAAAUCGUUGAAGGAAAAGGUGGCCAGGCUUCGACAAGAACGGUUAAUCGCGAAUACAAGCGGUCAAGAUUCGCAAAUCUUUCAACAUCAACUCUCCCAAUUGCGAAGGCAAAUGCUGAUGCAGACAAUUGAGGGUCUGAAGCGAAGUCUCGAGGAUCAGUCCGCAACUUUGAAGCAGACGUGCUUAGAACCGGUAAUGACCGAUCGAUUGCCUUGAACCCAGCGCGGAACCGAAAAGAAUCGAUUCCCUUCUCGUGAAAUUAACUCGCGAAUCCACCGAGUUAUAUCGCUACGGCCCGCGACGAGCAACCGCACGUAACACGGCCACGCUCUUCGUGUAAUCUUAUAUCGAAUUAUUAAAUGUGUGUGAUGUUUUUGAAACGUGUCGAGUCACCGAAAAAAAUACCAAUGAUCGACGCGAUAGUCGAAUUUCAAUUUACCUAUAAUUAUUUAAAAGGAGAUCGAUCUAUUUUUCUGCCUAUUUACAUAUGGUAAAAGAAUCAAAAUUAAAAGGGUUACAUAUUUUCUGGGCAUUGUUCUAUGAUUACACCGCGGCUGUACGUGACUCAUUCGAAGUGUUUUUCAGGAUUCGAAUAAGGUAAGGAUAAAUAAUUAAGAUCAGAAAAAUAUCCCGUUCCAUCCUUCUCAUUUUUCUCUCUCUUUUUAUAUUCCAUCCUGGUAUAAUGUUUUCCUUCUUUUUCCUUCGAUUUAUCGAUCGAAUGAUUCGCGUACCUUCACGGGCCUAUCCGCGGACUAAUCCUCGCGUUCACAAUACGUGCUGGUAUUAUCAUCCCAACUUUCCAUACAUACAUAUAUACAUAUUAUAUUAACUCGUAAUGUUCCUAUUUUUACUUCGUAAUUGCUACUUCCGAAGAAAAAUGGUCAAGAUAACAAUGGAACUAGGAGCAAAGUUGUCGAUUCUGUCGGUGGAACAAACAUUUCCCGUUAGUAUACCAAAGAUAAUAACCUAGCAAGGUAGUAUAGAACUGUUUAGUUGAUAAUAGCAUUGUAUGCUAUAUAGACGUUCGUAAAUAUUAGAAAAGCUAUUAUUAGAAUAUAUUUCUCUGAGUUUCGUAGAGAAACGAUACCGUAUUGCGUCGGAGAAAUCGUCAAGAGAUCUUCCAUGAUCGUCAGAUUCAAAUUUAUUACCGUCGAUAAAUUAGUUCUUCCGUUUCGAUCCGUUGCCAAAAAUAAAAAUUCUUCUUUGUUCUUCGACGCCUAAAAAUUUGACUCUGACGGUUUAGUAGAACGAAAUACUUUCAGUCACAGUGAUAUUUUUGUGAGAAUAGACUGAUAGCGUUAUUGAUAAUUAUAUAUUAUAUUAUUACAUCUUUAGAUCUUAAGCGUUUUCGAUAGUGAUUAUUUCUUUGUGAUCUAUAUGUUUCGAGUUCUCUUGGAAAGAGGCAGCGACAUAUAAUACGCACACGAUAUUUAUGUUUGUGUUAGAUGUGCUAGAGACCAUAGUAAAAAAAAAAAAAAGUUAGAAGAACAAUAGUAGUAGCAAAUAUUAGUGCGCUAGCUAGUUUGCCAGUUAUCGACCAUAAUAUGUCGUAAUCGUUUUUUUCGAUCCUCUCUUGUGAUUUAUUUCCCUAUUUCGUUGGGAACUGUGAUUACAUUUUUCUUAGCCAGUUUAGAAUUAUUGCCGUAACGCGUGAAAUGUUUACUAGUUUCACGUUAAAUCAUGUUCGGCUCAGGUCAAUUCAUUCAAAAAUUUUAUACAUAUAUAUAUACACACGCACAUAUACACAUACUAUAUACAUACAUGUAUACAUAUAGAUAUAUAUGUAUAUAUGUAUGUUUUAAUUUUCAUUUAAAAAAGA